AUGGCCGACCUCUUAGUCGAUGGGGCGGCCAAGCAUGAAAUUUUGUCAUUCAUGGAUGGGCACUUUGGCUAUAACCAAAUUUUUAUAACCGAGGAGGAUGUCCACAAGACAGGCUUCAGGUGCCUCGGAUCCAUUGGAACUUUUGAGUAUGUGGUGAUGCCCUUCGCCCUGAAAAAUGUCGGGGCCACAUAUCAACAGGCAAUGAAUGCCAUUUUCCAUGACAUGAUCAGUCGAAAUUUAGAAGUUUACAUUGAUGAUGUUGUUAUAAAGUCGAAGUCUAGACUAGGUCACUUGGAUGACCUUCGGUCGGCCUUUGAAAGAAUGCAGCGGCAUCAAUUGAAAAUGAACCCAAAAAGUGUGCUUUUGGGGUAUCCGUCGGAAAUUUCUUAG